AGCAUGAGUGUAGGAAGGAUCAAUCGCUACAGCAUUGUGUCAUCUGAGGAAGAGGGCCUCCGCCUCACUACCAUGCAUGGCAUGAACGGCUUUGGCAAUGGCAAGAUCCAUACACGCCGCAAGUGCCGCAACCGCUUCGUCAAAAAGAAUGGCCAGUGCAAUGUGCAGUUUGCCAAUAUGGACGAAAAGUCGCAGCGCUACAUGGCUGACAUGUUCACCACAUGUGUUGAUAUUCGCUGGCGAUGGAUGCUGGUGGUCUUCACUCUUGUGUUUGUCGUCUCAUGGUUGGUCUUCGGCUUAGCCUUUUGGGUCAUAGCUUUGCUGCAUGGAGAUCUGGAUAACCCAGCCGGAGAUGACAACUUCACUCCAUGUGUCCUACAGGUCAAUGGAUUUGUGGCGGCCUUUCUAUUCUCCAUUGAAACACAGUCUACCAUUGGUUACGGCUACCGCUGUGUGACUGAGGAGUGCCCAGUGGCUGUCUUCAUGGUGGUCUUCCAGUCUAUAGUGGGCUGUAUCAUUGACUGCUUUAUGAUUGGCGCCAUCAUGGCCAAGAUGGCAAGGCCUAAGAAACGAGCCCAAACACUGUUGUUUAGCCACAAUGCUGUCAUUGCCAUGCGGGACGGAAAGCUGUGCCUCAUGUGGAGGGUAGGGAACCUUCGCAAGAGCCACAUUGUAGAGGCCCAUGUAAGGGCACAGCUCAUCAAACCUCGGAUCACUGAUGAGGGGGAGUAUAUUCCUCUAGACCAGAUAGACAUUAAUGUGGGCUUUGAUAAAGGCCUGGACAGGAUUUUCUUGGUUUCACCCAUCACUAUUCUCCAUGAGAUAGAUGAGGAGAGCCCCCUUUUUGGGAUCAGCAAACAAGACCUGGAGACAGCAGACUUUGAGGUUGUCGUCAUCUUGGAGGGGAUGGUGGAAGCAACCGCCAUGACCACGCAGGCUCGCAGUUCCUACUUGGCCUCUGAGAUCCUAUGGGGUCACCGUUUCGAGCCAGUCUUGUUUGAGGAGAAGAACGUGUACAAGGUGGAUUACUCUCACUUUCACAAAACCUACGAGGUGCCGUCCACCCCCCGCUGCAGUGCCAAGGACAUGGUGGAGAACAAGUUCCUAGUCCCCAGUUCUAACUCCUUCUGCUAUGAAAAUGAACUGGCCUUCAUAAGCCGUGAUGAUGAGGAGGAGGAUGUAGGUGGUGGGAGCAGGGCACUGGCGAACCUCAGUCCAGACAGGAACAGCCGACAUGAGUUUGAACGCUUACAGGCCACCAGGGCACUGGAUCAAAGGUCAUAUCGCAGAGAGUCGGAAAUAUGACCUCUACCCAUUAACCCAGGGUCAACCUUAAAUAACUUUAUCCAAGGGUAAAAAUGCAGAACAAUGCAAAGUGCCAUAGGAAAAGCUGACUACUG